CCGGAGCGGCAGGGGUCUCUGGUGCUCCAGAGCCCCCCCCCCCCCCGGGUUGCGCCAUGAUGGACGCGGGGGACAACGGGGGACAACGCAGCCCCCCCCGGUUGGCACAGGCCGAGCGCCGCCGGGACCUGCAGGAGGAGCUGCGGGACCUCAGCAGCCAGGUGGCGGCGCUGGGGCGGAGCCUGGCGGCAGAGCGGGGGCGGAGCCUGAUGGAGGGCGGGGCCCUGCGGGCGCUGGAGAUCGCGGUGGGCGGAGCCCAGGCCCGGGUGGGCGGAGCCUGCCGGGCCCUGGACCGGGCCAAGGAGCGGCUGCGCCUGCAGCAGGAGGCGGGGCAGGUGCUGUGGGCGGAGCUGGAGGCCGCUCGUGCUGCCAAGGCAGGGGCGGAGCUCCGGGCUCAGGAGGCGGAGUCUCGGUGCCAGGCCCGGGGGGCGGAGCUGGAGCGGCUGCGGCAGGCGGUGCAGGCGGCCCAGCAUUCCCGGCGCCAGGCGGAGCAGGAGCGGGACCAGGUGGCGGCGCAGGUUGACCACGCCCCCCGCGCCAGCGCCCCCGCUGGUGACCCCGCGGCGCUGCAGGCGGCGCUGGAGGAGCUGCGGGAGCACAACCGGGACCUGCGGGAGCGGCUGCGGCAGCGGCUGCGACAGGUGGAGGAGCUGCGGCUGGCGCUGGUGGCCGCGGGCUCGCGGGCUCAGGACGCGCAGGUGGCGCGGGCCCGGCUGGCGCAGGAGCAGCGGCGGCUCCGGGAGCGGCUGAGGCGGGCCCGGGACCCCCCCGGGACCCCCGGGACAACCGGGACGACCGGGAUAACCGGGACAACCGGGAGUGCUGGGAUAACCGGGAUAACCGGGAGCCCCGGGAGUGCCGGGACAACCGGGACAACCGGGACAACCGGGACAACCGGGACAACCGGGAGUGCUGGGAUAACCGGGACAACCGGGACAACCGGGACAACCGGGAGUGCUGGGAUAACCGGGAUAACCGGGAGCCCCGGAAGUGCUGGGAUAACCGGGAUUGCCGGGGGUGCCGAGAUAACCGAGAUAACCGGGACAACCGGGACAACCGGGAUAACCGGGAGUGCCGGGGGUGCCGAGAUAACCGGGAUAACCGGGAUAACCGGGAGUGCCGAGUUAACCGGGAUAACCAACACAACCGGGACAACCGGGAGUGCCGAGUUAACCGGGAUAACCGGGACAACCGGGAGUGCCGGGAUAACCGGGAUAACCGGGAUAACCGGGAGUGCCGGGAUAACCGGGAUAACCGGGACAACCGGGAGUGCCGGGAUAACCGGGAUAACCGGGACCCCCGGAAGCCCCGGGAGCGCCGAGCCCGCCCUGCGCGCCCGCUGCGCCCGCCUGCAGGAGCUGCUGCGGAGCGAGGCGGGGGCGCGCCUGGCGCUGGCCCGUGCCGCGCGUGUCACCGGGCGCCGCCUGCGGCUCUUGGCGGCCGAGGCCGAGGAGCAGCGGCUGCGGGGGGAGCGCUACCGGCUGCAGGCCCGUGCCAGCGAGGCCGCUGGCCGCCUCCUGGCUGACCAGGUGGCCGCGGUGGCCGCGGGCACGGCCCAAGCGCUGGCCCAGGGCCACCGCCUGCGCCAGGAGCUCGAGGACGUCGGGGACGGCGCCGCGGCCGCCGCGCGGCACGUGGCCGUGCUCCGGGCACGCCUCAGGUGUGACCCCAUGAACCUGUCCCGCACGGUGCGGCGGAUGCUGCGGGACGGGGACAGCGACUCUGGGGACAGCAGCGGGGACAGCGCCCCCUGAACCCCCCCGGGACCCCAAAACCCCCCCCCGGACCCCAAAACCCGCCCGGGACCCCCCCGGACCCCCCAGCCCUCCGGCGGGCUUUUGGGGCGGGGGGUGCCCAAAGCCAUUAAAGUGCCUCGAGAGGG